CACCCGGUUUUCUGAACGUAUUCAAGAUUAUAAAUAAAAUGAUUGCUGCCCGUGCUGGUUUAGGUAUCAGAGGUAUGUGAGAUAUCAGACUGGAAGGAGCCAUCAAGCUGAAGCUUUGGGACCAAUUUGAGAGUCCCGAAUGAUAUCAUGUCAGAGAUGAUCGGCUUUUCCCUUACUAUCGGCCACCAUACUAACACGACCAGCCUUGUCUCGCUCUUCUCCAAUUUUGAGAUCAUCGGUUAGAUCUAUCUCUACCAAGAUCACCUCGAAGGAGUACGAACAACAGCUCUUAGUUGCCCAACGUAAAAACAGACCAACCUCCCCCCACUUGACCAUCUAUGAGCCACAAUUGACUGCCAUUAUGUCCUCCUUCCACCGUAUCACCGGUGUUGGUAUGGCUGUCGGUUUCUACGCCUUGACCUGUGGUUACGCCGUGUCUUCCGUCUUCGACUUGGGUCUCACCUCAGACGCCCUUGUUGCCUUCUUUGUCGGCUUGCCAGUGGCUCUCCAGGUCUCCGCCAAGGCCAUCGCUGCCUACCCAUUUGUCUACCACCUUGGUAAUGGUAUCAGACACAUUGUCUGGGAUUUCGGUAAGCAGUUGACCGUCAAGGGUGUCUACAGAACUGGUUACAUUGUCACCGCUUUUACCGCUGUCGUUGGUACAUACUUCGCUUUCUUCGCCUAAGUCUUGAUUUUUGCUUAUGCACACACAAACCCCAGAUAAUUCAUUUUAGUUCUAUAGCGGUACCUCUUCUGGAGUAGCGCUUUCGUUUCAUAUGCUGAGCGGUACAUAUUCGUCCUCAGCCCCCAAUUUUUUUACCUGGUUACACAUUCCAAUACACUAUUUAUUUAUACGCCC